AUGUCAAGAACUCGGCACACGGAAAGGUAUUGUCCACAGUCGCGCUGCUUCAAAUGUAAAAAAACAGGUCAUUAUGCUCAACAAUGCGAGAGUGUGGGUGCUGACUCCAUUGAAAACAAUGACAGUGAUAGAAAUGAAUCAGCGCAUGAGACAAACAUUAACACUAGCUCACCACCUAAUCAUGAUACAACUGAAAUUGAAUGCGAAACUACAACAUCGUGGGAUACAAGUGACGAACCUCACGACGAACAUAUCAUACCUGCACAGAAAUCGAAGGAAGAUAUUAUAGAAGAAAGUACCGAAAAAAUGGAAAAUACAGAUACACAUAGCAAUCUUGAUCGCGCCUCCACCAAUGAAUCCGGCAACAGACAGAAACGGCAUCUUUCAAGCGAGGAAGAACCAAGAAAUAGCCAAGACGAAUCUCGACAGCGAAAGAAACAAACACGGAAGCCCAACUUAAAGAACUCUGCAGUAAGACAAGCGUUUACUCAAAAAUAA